GUUGCAGGCAGCUAGUAGCGAGCACGAUCACUGCCGGACAGCGCAAGAUACUGCCGCGACAGAUACCACGGAACUAUAGAAGCUACUAAUGGCUUUCAUGACAAGUGCAUUAAGUAGGAAGCGUGUGGACACUACAUGCUGUUUGCGUUGACUGUGGAGUAAGGAGUUGCCAAUGCCUGAGCACAUGUAAUCAAACUUGGAACCUCGUUCCAGUGACGCGUCACGAGCACCAAGCCAGGACACCCAACCCAGCUGCAUGCCUGUACACCCUGGCUGUAUGACGCCAUCCGCCUCAUCCGCACAACGCACCAACCUCGGCCACCUCUAUCGCUGCGAUUGCAGCACUGGACGUGUAAGCCUGGCCGCGUCACCUUCCGCAGCACAUGGUACCAGGAGCAGCAGGCGGACAACCCAGCCACUGCUCACGCUGCUCCUCAUCAUCGCCCUCUUCGGCUGCUUCGGUCCGGCGCAGCUUCAGUUCCACUCCCUUGGAGCGGAGGCCCUGGUGCUGGGCGGCGGCAGUACGGCACUGGAUGGCAGCGGCAUUAGCAACACAGGCCGUAGUAGCAUCAGCGGCAGUGGCGGCAGCAGCAGUGGCCGCCGUACCAUUAGCAGCAGUGGCAGUCCUGGCGGUGGAAGCAGCAGCGGCAGCACCGCGGGAGGUUACAGUGCGCUCUGUGCGGUGGGCAGGAACGAGAACCGCUACGUGCGGGAGUGGGUGGAUUACCACAAGUGUCUAGGCUUCUCCCGUAUCUACCUCUACGAUCACAACAGCUCGCAGCACAUGUCAAACGAACUAACCGACCACAUCGCCUCAGGCUUCGUGUCGUACCGCAACUUCCAACCCACCGUACACCGGAAAUUCAACGAAUCCGAGGGCUUUACUUCCGACCUCGACCGUUUCAUGACCACCGUACAAGGCCAGGCCUACAAGGACUGUGUACAACAGUACGGCAGCCACCACACUUUCCUGGGUUUCAUCGAUUUGGACGAGUUCCUGGUGUUGUACGACAACAGUGUACGGCACGUGGACGAGCUGUUGCGGCAGUACGAGUCGUACCCUGGGCUGUCCGUGUACUGGGUUCUGCUGGGCAGCAGCGGUCACGUGUCUCGGCCGAAUGGCAGUGUGGUGGAGUCGUACACUCGCUGCACGCCGCAUGGGCACAAGUUCAACACCCAGUUCAAGACCUUUGCCAACACACGCUUCCACCCCACCAUGUACUCCCCCCACCGCGCCGUCUUCGCCGCCCCGCCCGACCCCGCCACCGGUGCCGAGCCCUACAUGGUGGACGAGGACGGUCAACGCAUCGCCCGCGGCCGCAACAGGGCCGCCAAGCACCGCCGGGCAGCCGUCUACCACUACGUCACCAAGUCGCUGGAGGACUACCAGGGCAAGAUGAAGAGAGGAGGAGGAGCGGGCGUUACGCGGCCCAAGUACUACUUUGCCCUCAUGGAUAGGUACAGCAAAGAGACGUGUGCGGGGGCGCUGCAGACGCGCCGCCGCUUCUGCGGGCUGUAGGCAGAUGCGGCCGGGUAGGGGAGGGAGAGGCGAGAAUCCGCAGCGACGGACGGCAGCGAGCAGUCCAUGCCGGCAGCAGCGAGCAGCGCAGAGCCAAAAGCGAGGAAGAGGAGCUUUGUGGUGGUGGUGGCGGUGGCGGCCGAAUAGAUUGCGUCGGACGAAAAGCAGGGUGGUUGUAUUCCUUCACUUAGUAUCAGCAGCAGCAGCCAUAGCGUGUUCGCCUGCUUCCUUGAUCCUUCUGCAUCUCCCUCCUCCUUCCCCCCGGCGUUCCGGAAGCAAUUCCCUGAGCGCAUCACCUCACAGGCACCACCUCCCCA